CGAUGUGUCAUUUUAUUGGGUUAAAAGAAGGUCCACAUGUGAGUUUGAUGUCUGCUGACUCUCUUCACCCCCCAGGUCCGUCCACAUCAGACUCAGACCUGAAGGAGGUGGAGGACGGCGGACAGGACUGUGUGGACCGAGACCCUCACCUGAAUCCUGCAGAUCCAGAGAAGCAGCAGCUUGUCUGCACAGAGGUUCAGGCUAGAGCGUCCACCUGGGAGGAGUUCACACCUGAAGUAUCAGCUGAGUCUGGACUCACUUCAUACAGGUUCAGGUGUCCUCAUUCAGGUGCCUUCCGUUGUACUUGGACUGGAUUGGUGUUCGUUGUGACUCGGGAGGCGGGGCUGAAGUACAGGACCGUCCAAUGGGAUGAGCCCCUCCUCCGGUCAGCCGGCAGGACGCCUGCAGGGCCGCUGUUCAGUAUCGACAGUCCUGAGAACGCCGUUUGUCAGCUCCACCUCCCACACUGUGAGACAAAACCCGGUCAACGCUCUAAAAGCCUGCUGUCUGUCGUCCACAUCACUGAUGAUGGAAUGGAGUUCAUUGAACCUCUGGAGAUCACAGACACUCAUGUGGUCAUCGACGUCCCACAUCUGUGUCUGUUUGGCCUCGUCUGGGGGGCUUUAAGAUGGAUGUACCAAUACAUCAGAUCAGUCAGUGGCCAAGUUCUGCUGUUCCUCAAACCACCAAACCCAAGAACACAAAGACAAAAACUAGACAUGUUACUACUGCCAGUCAACAUCCCUGUGGAAGAUGUAAAGACUUUUGUGAAAGAAGAUGAAGAUGGAGCUGUGUGCAUCGAGGUUCCCUCCAAAUGUAUACUCAUCAUAAACCCACGUUACACUGUUGAUUGUCCUGAAGCCUGUUUGAUACAGCCUGAGGAUGCAGAUUUUGACUUCAAUUUUGGACCAAAUUAUCACCCAAUGUUUGAGAUCCGCCUGCCAACAAACACUAAAGAAGUGACUUUAACGAUCCGAGACCAAGAAAAUACAGAUGUGUGGAGGCAUAAAGUGGAUCUGACUGAUCCUGCUGUCGGUGCAGAUACUCAACGCAGAUGUCAGCAGAACAUCUCACCAGAGGAGAAGUUGUCUUCAGUUCGGCCUCAGUUUGUUGAACGUGUCACCCUUGUUCUGAAGCAGCUGCUGGACAGACUUUUGACAGAAAAGAUCAUCAAUGAUGAAGAAAGAGAAUCAUUUGCAACAAAAUCCAGAGCUGACAAGGUUCGACACAUGAUGAAUAUGAUGCGAAACAAAGGCCCAAGGGCCUGUUCAUUUCUGAUCUCAGCCUUCUGUGAACUGGACCCGCACCUUUCCCAAACCCUGAACCUCUAUCCACACUAACUCAUUUCCAUUUCAGUUUUCUCUGACUGCUUUGCCCGUUGUCACAAUGUCAAAAUGUUUUACAUACAAUAUAUCGCCAAAAGUAUCAGGACACUUCCAAAUGACUGAAUAAAGGUGUUCUGAUUACUUCCAUGUCCUCUGGUGUACAAACUGAAUCACCUAGACAUGCAGACCAAUUCUACAAACGUUAGUGAAAGAAUGACUCUCAGGAGCUCAGUGAAUUUCAGCGUGGUACCACGAUAGGAUGCCACCUCCAACCAUGAAAAGUCCUUACUACUAUAUAUUCCAUGGUCGGGCAUUUGUGGCUUUAUAACAAAAUGGAAGCGGUUUGGACCAAUAGUAACUCAGCCGCAUGGUGGUCAUCUGUGUUAAAUCACAGUGGGGUCAGUGCAAGCAGAGUCCACUCUGUGCAGAAGUCCAGAAGUUUCUGCAGUUGUAUCUACAGACAUCCAAACUCCAAAACAGUGCAUAGAGAGGUUCACGGAAUGGGUUUUUAUGGCUGAGCAGCUGCAUCCAAGCCUUCCAUCACCAAGGUCAGUGCAAAGCGUGGGACGCAGUGGUG